AUGGAUGCUCUGCGACGCCUGUCCUGGUCUCAAUUCCGUCCGAUCAGUCGUUCACAGACCUCGCAGUCAUCUCAGACUACCCCUCCUUCUACGUUAUCCCGAUCUAGUUCCGUCAAAGAUCUCGUUCAUCAGAUCGAAUCAAAUCAAGAGCGCCUUCAUCGAGCCUCCCUGGAGAAAGCCCGGCCACAAAGUCCAACGGGCAGCUCCCUGAGUCCUCAUCCCGCUUCGAGCCAUUUACGAGCAUUGAGCCCUGUUCCUGAGGCCAAGAACCUAGAGCAAAUGGUGCCCAGAAAGGUGGUGAAGUUUGAGGGGGACAGUAUGUUGGGUUCUUACCUGCAACUGCCUGCUUUGCCCAAAGGUUUAGGAGGGGACUUUGGUCGAGAGCUCGUCGGAUGCUUUGUGCAGCCACGACUUGCUCAAGCAGUAGACUCUGCAGCUGAUGACAGCGAUGAGCCUCCGUCCAUUCCCGAUACGCCUACUGGCUAUGCUCGUUUUGGCUUCAUCAGCAGAGAGUCCUUCAAUACCGCUGUCCAAGAUUUGGUUCAACAGAGUCCAGAUACCCCAAUUGGUGGUGAAAUAGCAGCGCCGAUGAAGAGACCAUCCAACGUUGGUACGCUGGCCAUCAAUGGCAGCAGUAUCUAUCUGGAUGGACCACAAUUUGACGUUUCAUCGCCUCCUAACAUUCUCGACCUUGAUGAUGGAAUGGGACAGGCCCUUCGUGCUCGAUCCAACUUCACUGAUUCGUUCCAAGAGCCCAACGAGCUCAACGCUCGAGCAAGCACUUGUCCUUCUUCUCCGACGAUGAUCACGGCUCCUCAAAGUCCUAAAGUAGGUGGAAGAAACGAAAUGACCUCUUUUUCCGUAGACGGACCUGGCGGUGGAGGCACGGAUAUCCGAGACUUCGCUCAGCAGCCUGCUCAGAUGGAUGGCUCGCCUCGACUCCCCGACUGCUGUGUCAGUCCUAGAAGCGUCGUAUCCGACGUUUGCAUUUAUAACGACAUGGAUACAAGCGGAGCCAAAGAAAAUCUACGAGAGGCGCCCUUGGGUCCAGUCCCAGAAUUUGGCCUGGACAAGUCCUAUGCUCGAGAAGCGGCUGGCAUAUCGGCAGUCCCAGUUUCAAAGGGAGCAAUCGGUGCCAGAGCAGCGAACGUCCAAGGGGUCACCGUCGUUGUAGAAGACGUUGGCUCGAAUGGACCAAAUGGCCCCGGUUUGCCUCAAGCUCCCAACGCCAUGGGGGAAGUCGAACUCCAAGAAUCGAUUCCUCCUUUGGACUUGCCUCAAGCUCCAUCACCGGGGGUUCCAAUGGAUGGUACCGGCCAAUUGCUUCCCCCAGGAACACCACUUGCUAAGAAGGAUCCCAAGAGAAAGACGGUCAUUCGCGGAGGGCAGAAGGUUAUUCGAAAGGGAAGGGGCUUGAUACUCAAAAAACCAGUUUUGGCUGUAGUGGUCGGGAGGCAGCUGUCAGGACCAACAGCUGAUGCAUUGAAGUUGAUCUCCAAAGGUGUUCCUGUUGAUGUGGGUGACCUAGCAGGUGCGGUACGACCGCCAGCUCCCGUCCCUGGAGUACCGGCCUAG